ACAAGCCUGUGGUACCUGAGCUCCCAAGGUACAAGUACUUACCUGACCCAGGAUAGGGCCCAAAGGGGGCCCCGGAGCCGCCUGCCCGGCCCUUACCAACGCCCGGAUAACUCCAGUGACAUCCGCCUUCUUCACAUUUUUUGCAGCCCGGGAAGCCUUAGACAUGUCUGGGGGAGAGAGGAGCGGUCAGUGACCGGUAUAAUACCAGCGAUAUCUCGCUGCGGCCUACCUACCUUCCGCAAGCCGCGGUGUCUCCUGCUAACCUGAGCCGAGAAUGCUGCGACCUUCACUCGCUACUGACCUCCGAAAGCACGCUGUUAAACCGGGUCCGCCGAUUGGUUGCUGCUGAGGGGGGCGUGCGCUUCUCUGUCUCACAAUUGGCGCGUAGACCCGUCAUUCGUUUUAGUGGGCGGAGCCAAGUACCGGGAGCACUGAUUGGCUGGAGAGAAAUUCAAUGGUUAGAAUGAGCGAGUAACCCGGAAGUCUGGUCUAAUCGCAUGGUUCCUGCUGCAAGAAAAGUAAAGAUGUCCGUCAGCAAGCAGUACGUCCUUCCUAACGACCUUCCUGUAGCAUUGCUGGAGUGCGAGGAUGCGUUUGUGUUGCUGUCGGCAGAGGAAAAAUUGUACGCGCACUACCUCUCCCGAGCCUCGUUUUACGGAGGGCUGAUUGUCUUGUUCCAGACGUCCCCAGAAUCUCCGGCCAUUUAUGUUCUGCUUAACAGACUCUUCAGGGGACAGGGACCUGAGGAGCUGCGGACGGUUGCUCUAUGCCAGGAUAUGACCGAGGAUGAAUAUCAGGCUCUCCUUGUUUACGCUGCUGGAUUCUUCGCAAAUAUGGGCAACUACAAAUCUUUUGGAGACACUAAGUUUGUUCCUAAUGUCCCUAAGGAGAAGUUGGAGAAGCUGAUCCGGGCGAGUGAAGUUUUUACCCAGGACCCCGAGGGAAUAGAGACACUGUGGAAACUCGCUGGGGAUCGGAUGUACUCGCUGGAGCCGACAGAGAGACAGCUGGGGCUAGGGGACAAUGGAAUCACCACCUAUUUCUCUGCAAACUGCACCCUGGAAGAUGCCCAGCUGGCACAGCGCUUCCUGGACUCAAAGAACCUCAGCGCUUACAAUACUCGGCUGUUUAAGACUGACAGUGGUGGCAAUAACAAAUAUGAGGUGCGGUUGGCGUCUGUUAUUAAAGAUGGUUGCGCUGUGGAGUCGUCUGACCUCUGUGCCUCUCUGGGAACUUUUGAGUUUGAGGGUAAUGAGUUUCAGGUCACUCGAGGAGACUAUUCCCCCCUGCUGCUCCGUGUGCAAGAAAACCUGGAAAAAGCAAAGGCCUUUGCAGCCAAUGAGAAUCAACGACAGAUGCUUGAGGAAUAUGGGCGGAGUUUUCAGGAAGGCUCUAUAAAAGCUCAUAAGGAGGGGUCCAAGUACUGGGUGCAAGAUAAGGGGCCCAUAGUGGAGAAUUAUAUUGGCUUCAUUGAGAGCUACAGAGACCCUUUUGGAUCUAGAGGAGAGUUUGAAGGCUUCGUAGCUGUUGUCAACAAAUCCGUGAGCGCUCGCUUUGGUCUCUUGGUGUCUGAGGCAGAGCGUCUCUUGUCGUCUCUCCCAUGGCCGCCAGCUUUUGAGAAGGACACCUUCCUGCGUCCUGACUUCACCUCUCUGGAUGUGGUGACAUUUAGUGGUAGCGGAAUCCCUGCCGGCAUCAACAUCCCAAACUAUGAUGACAUUAGACAGUCUGUCGGAUUCAAGAACGUCUCUCUGGGUAACGUACUGUCGGUUGGUUAUGCCACUGGGCGCGAUAAGCUGACGUUUCUACGUGAGGAGGACAAGGAUGACAAAGGAGGUUUUAAUUUUGAUAUCAAAACUGUCAUAAACCCAGAGACAGGGGAGCUGGUGAUAGCUUGGUACAAGAAAGGAGAGACCUGGGACAGUAAAUUCUCCACCAUCGCCUCAACCUACGAAGAAUGCAGAGCGGAAUGCGUGGGACUGUACUUGUGUGUCAAUGACGAGGUGUUACGGAUCUUUGGUCAUGAGGGCGAGGAGGCGAAGGACGUUGUUUAUGUCAACUGGCUCAAUAUGGUCCGGGCUGGCUUGUUGGGGCUGGAGUUUUAUACCCCAGAAAAUGGAACUUGGAGACAGGCGCACAUGCAAGCUCGUUAUGUCAUCCUGCGUGUUCUGCUGGAAGCCGGGGAGGACUUUGUCACACUGACGCAAAAGGUUGGGGCUGAUGGACGCCCGGAUGCACAGGUGACGCUGGAUAGGGAAAAGAUUAUGACUGUGGGACACCCAGCAAUCCAGCGAUUCCUCCAGCGCCUGCAGGUGUAUAAAUCCACAGCAGAUGUGACACGCGGGCGUGAAAUGUACAUUUCAUACUCUGAGGUGACGGACAGUGAUCCACAUCGGUUUCUGACCUUGAGAGAUAUUGUGAUUGCAAGAAAAGAGGAACGGAAAUCUUUUGUUCAAGUAAAUACUCGAAUCUCAGGUGAAACCGUGGAGGUAGUGCAAUAUGACAGCACUCCUUCCGGGCUAAUCCUCUCUGUGCUGCAGAGGUUUCCGGAGGAUGAAGAGAAGCUAGAAAGACAGAUCCUGGAGUUGAGUUGUGCUGAUGGUCAUUUCUGGGGGCUGCAGGAAUGUAGAUAAAUAACAGCUGAAAGAUACUGCUCUCUGGCUUCUGAAGGGUGGACAGAGGCAUGUGGUAUAGAAGUGCAGCAACGAAUACGGUUAAUAAUGGUGGCAAUCUUGUGCAGAUCUGGCAUGGGAAGGGUUAAUGAUGUGCUUUGUACGCCAGGCACUUGAGAGAUUUAUAAAGUAGCAGGGCCUGUGACAGGGAAGGGGUUAAUAACCAGAUCAAUGACGUCAUCAGACUCAUGGAUGUCUUUAUUGGGACUCACGUGUGUGGGACGGAGAGCGCCACUGGUCGUGCUGAACACUAGUGGUUAAGGAAUCUGAAAUUCCAUUUGUGCUUGAUUCUUAAUAAAAGUGAUUUUACUGUUGCAAAAGAAAAAAAAAGUGUAUUUAUUGU